UAUCCGUCUAUUUAUUUAUACAAUAUUUAUUUUCAUUUCACUGAAAUGUUUUGCCUAUGUCAAGUGAUUUCUACAUUAUACAAAUCUUGGCCCAGUCCUUAAAAUCCCAAAACCCAUGAAAGAAUGGCAGCUUUUUUACAUGAAAACUAUGUUUGCUAGAUGGUUUAAUAUAAUGCUACUUGCAAUCAGGUAUUUUCAUGAGCUUGAAACUAUAAAACAUUCAGUGCAUUAUUUUUUUUCAAACAGAGAAUGCGAAAAUAAAUUAGGUGUUGCGCGAAAUUCUGUUCCUCUGAAAUAUUCUGCUCCCCCUCCUCUGUGACAAUCGUGAGCUUGCGUCACACGGGCAAGCUCGGGGUGUCCUCCCCGUCUGCUAUCCAUUAAGCCUAAACUCACAGGACUCAUAGCUACACCUAAAGAACUCUGUGGAAACAUUAUGGUGAAAUACAUGUAGCGCCCCCAUGGUGCAACACCGGUGCUGAGUGACCAGGGGAACAGAUUGUUUUAUAGAAACAGAUUUUGCGUAACACACCAGCCCUUCUUUGACUCAGCUGGAUCAUCAGGUGGUCACUGGUUGAAUGGCGGAACUGAUUCCAGAACAGGCAGAUUUUGUAGCACCGCGGUCAGCUCCUAGCCCUCCCUCUUCCUCUUACAGGCAACAGAGCAUCAACAUAUCAGCGUUUCCUUUUUUUCCAUCUGCGACCCCUCCCCGUUUAAAUUUGUUUUCAUGAUAUAUCCUUCUAAUCUGUCACUGACUGUUGGAGUUACACGGCUUGAACGUCACGCAAACAAAAAGACUCCAUAAUAUUUCCGUAUUCUUGCUGAGAUUGGCGUGUGUGGCUGCAUAUUCUACACGGCAGCUUGUGGCAUUAAUCAGACACGGUUUGUGCCUCCACUUCGCUCUUUUCUUCUGUGGCUCUAACUAAUGCAGUUUGAGCUUAACAAGCGUAUAGUUUCCAACGCACAGCAGCAUGUUAGAUCCGUCCUCCAGUGAAGAAGAAGGGGAUCAGGCGGUCGAGGUGAAGUGCAAAGAGAUGACAGCCUCGAAGAGCUUCGGUGGAGCCCGCCGGCCAGCGGCCCGAUCCGUCGACGAUCAUGGCGGCGGAGGGCUUCAGCCCCUGGGCGGUGGCAGUGGUAGUGGCAGAGCUUCUAGCCCCAGUCCUUCGGUGGGCAGUGACAAGGAAAAGGAAGACCUGGAUAAGAUGCAGAGAGAGGAGGAAGAGAAGAAAAAGCGACUCCAGCUGUAUGUGUUUGUAAUGCGCUGCAUUGCCUAUCCAUUCAACGCAAAACAACCUACUGAUAUGGCCAGGAGGCAGCAAAAGAUCAGUAAAUUGCAGCUGCAGACCGUCAAAGAUCGCUUUCAAGCGUUCCUCAAUGGUGAAACUCAGAUUGUGGCUGAUGAGGCUUUUAUCAAUGCUGUUCAGAGCUACUAUGAGAUCUUCUUGAAAAGUGACCGUGUGUCAAGGAUGGUGCAGAGUGGUGGUUUUUCAGCCAGUGAUUCUCGUGAGGUUUUUAAAAAGCACAUAGAGAAGCGAGUACGCAGCCUGCCUGAGAUCGACGGCCUAAGUAAAGAAACUGUGUUGAGCUCCUGGAUAGCCAAGUUUGACACCAUCUAUCGAGGUGAAGAAGACCCCAGGAAGCACCAGCAGAGGAUGACUGCAUGCGCUGCCUCUGAGCUCAUUCUAAGCAAGGACCAACUGUAUGAGAUGUUUCAGCAGAUCUUGGGGAUAAAGAAGUUUGAGCAUCAGCUGCUCUACAAUGCCUGUCAGCUGGACAAUCCCGAUGAGCAGGCAGCUCAAAUCAGAAGAGAAUUGGACGGAAGGCUGCAGAUGGCAGAGCAGAUCGCUCGGCUUGGAGGAAAGUUUCCAAGGUUUGUUUCCAGAGAGAUGGAAGUUAUGUACAUUGAGGAGCUGCAAUCCUCUGUCAAUUUGCUGAUGGCAAACCUGGAGAGCAUGCCAGUGUCCAAGGGAGGCGAGUUCAAGCUGCAGAAGCUGAAAAGAGGUCACAAUACCUCCAUUAUGGACAUGGGUCAAGAGGAUGAAAAUGUACUGUCCAAGUCAGAUGUUAUCCUCUCAUUCACCCUGGAGGUGGUAAUAAUGGAGGUACAGGGUCUGAAGUCCUUGGCUUUAAACAGAAUAGUUUACUGUACCAUGGAGGUCGAGGGAGGACAUAAGCUCCAGACGGACCAAGCUGAAGCAUCCAAACCAAUUUGGGGUACCCAAGGUGACUUCACAACCACCCAGCCAUUACCUACUGUGAAGGUGAAGCUGUUCACUGAGAGCACAGGAGUGUUGGCUUUGGAAGAUAAGGAGCUAGGAAGGGUUGUGCUUCACCCCACUCCUAACAGUCCCAAACAGUGUGAGUUUCAUAAAAUGACAGUUUCUAAAGGCUGCCCAGAUGACCUCAAGAUAAAACUAGCCAUUCGCAUGGAUAAGCCACAGAACAUGAAGCAUUGUGGGUAUCUUUGGGCCAUUGGCAAAAAUGUUUGGAAAAGAUGGAAGAAGCGAUUCUUUGUGUUGGUCCAGGUAAGCCAGUACACCUUUGUGAUGUGCAGCUACAGAGAGAAGAAGGCUGAGCCUGUGGAGCUCCUACAGCUGGAUGGCUAUACUGUGGACUACACGGACCCUCAGCCAGGUCUGGAAGGUGGCAGGACGUUCUUUAAUGCUGUGAAAGAGGGAGACACUGUGAUAUUUGCCAGUGAUGAUGAGCAAGAUCGCAUCCUUUGGGUGCAGGCCAUGUACAGGGCCACUGGUCAGUCACACAAGCCCGUGCCCCCCACACAGGUCCAGAAGCUUAAUUCCAGAGGGGGGACUGCACCACAACUUGAUGCACCCAUAUCUCAGUUCUCUGGAUUCAAUGAUGCUGAUCGGGCCCAAAAGCACGGCAUGGAUGAGUUUAUUUCAGCCAACCCGUGUAACUUUGACCACGCCUCCCUGUUUGAGUUAGUGCAGCGCCUCACCUUGGAUCACAGACUUAAUGACUCCUACUCCUGCCUGGGUUGGUUCAGUCCCGGCCAGGUUUUUGUCUUGGAUGAAUAUUGUGCUCGCUACGGUGUCCGGGGCUGCCAUCGUCACUUAUGUUACCUGAGUGAUCUGCUUGAGAGGGCAGAGAAUGGAGCCAUGAUUGACCCCACACUGCUUCACUACAGCUAUGCCUUCUGUGCCUCCCACGUACAUGGAAACAGACCUGAUGGGAUCGGCACAGUGACUGUGGAGGAAAAGGAGCGUUUUGAAGAAAUCAAAGAGAGACUUCGAGUCCUUCUGGAGAACCAGAUAACACAUUUCAGAUACUGUUUUCCAUUUGGACGACCAGAGGGAGCACUAAAAGCAACUCUUUCUUUGCUUGAAAGGGUUCUGAUGAAAGAUGUUGUGAUACCAGUCCCACAAGACGAAGUCAAAGCUGUGAUCAGGAAGUGUCUGGAACAGGCUGCCAUAGUCAACUAUCAGCGCCUGUCAGAGUAUGCAAAACUGGAAGGAAAAAAGAGAGAGAUGUAUGAGCAUGCUGUCUUCUGCUUGGCGUCUCAGGUGAUGGAUUUAACUAUUCAAAAUGUAGGCCGUUUAGUGACCCCUGCCAAAAAACUUGAGGACACUAUCCGCUUGUCCGAGCUGGUCAUUGAGGUGCUUCAGCAGAAUGAGGAACACCAUGCUGAGGGAAAAGAGGCCUUUGCAUGGUGGUCGGACCUGAUGGUGGAGCAUGCCGAGACCUUCCUGUGUUUUUACUCAGCCGAUAUGGAUGCAGCCCUUGAAAUUCAGCCACCUGACAGCUGGGACAGUUUCCCCCUUUUCCAGCUGCUCAACGACUUCUUUAGAGUGGAUUAUAACCUGUGUAAUGGAAAGUUCCAUAAACACCUGCAGGACCUCUACGCGCCUCUGGUGGUGCGAUAUGUGGACCUCAUGGAGUCAUCCAUUGCUCAGUCCAUUCACAGAGGCUUCGAAAGAGAGUCCUGGGAACCUGUAAAUAAUGGCUCAGGAACUUCAGAGGACCUCUUCUGGAAGCUGGAUGCUCUGCAGACCUUCAUCAGAGAUCUUCACUGGCCGGAAGAAGAGUUUGGCAAACACCUAGAAACCAGACUGAAGCUAAUGUCUAGCGACAUGAUAGAAUCUUGUAUCAAAUGGACACGGGCAGCAUUUGAGGCAAAGCUGCAGAAAACCUGCCGGACCACAGAUUUUCAUGUGCCUCAGUCCAUCUGUACCAUGUUUAAUGUCAUGGUGGACGCCAAGUCACAAUCAGCCAAAUUGUGUGCUAUGGACCUAGGUCAGGAGAGACAAUACCACUCCCAAAUUGACCAUCUGAUUGAGGAGACAGUGAAGGAGAUGAUUACUCUUUUGGUUGCAAAGUUUGUGGUCAUCCUAGAGAGUGUCUUAUGUAAACUCUCUAGAUAUGAUGAAGGAACCCUCUUCUCUUCCUUCCUAUCUUUCACAGUAAAAGCUGCCUCAAAGUAUGUGGAUGUACCUAAGCCAGGGAUGGACGUUGCCGACAGCUAUGUUACAUUUGUUCGCCAUUGCCAGGACAUGCUUCGAGAGAAGGUCAACGAGGAGAUUUACAUUGAGAGACUUUUUGAUCAAUGGUACACCAGCAGUAUGAACCUUAUUGGAACAUGGCUGACUGACCGUAUGGACCUGCAGCUACAUGUUUAUCAACUGAAGAUACUUAUCAGGAUUGUCAAAAAAAAGUACCGUGAUUUCCGUCUUCAAGGAGUGCUGGACUCGACAUUGAACUGUAAGAUGUAUGAGACCGUAAGAAAUCGGCUGACCUUAGAAGAAGCUACUGCUUCAGUGAGGGAAGGAGGCAUGCAAGGGAUUACAAUGAGAGACAGCGAUGAAGAUGAUAAUGAUAACUAGAUCAAAGAUCUAGUUAAUAUCAGAAUGUCAAAAUUGUAUCUUUUUUCUCUUUUUUGUUAAAUGUCACAUUCCAAUGGUUAAAUAAAUAUAUGUUUCUAUAAAAGUAAUUACAAGAGGAAAAUGCAUUAGGUCUGAAAAACGGCUCCACCAAGUACGUUCUUUAUCUCUGGAAUGGCACCAUAAAAAAAGAACACAAUUUAAUGUGAAAAGAAACAUUUCUGGCAUAUCAAAAUAAAAACAGUCCAUGAUCUUUUGGACACUGGACAAACCCCCACAAACAACUGGUUUGUGUCUUAAAGGAUGAAACAUUAAUAUUUGAUACUCAUGCCUAAAGUAAAUGACUCUGCAGCUGCCAUGGUACCUAUUAGCAUUAAUUGGAAGGAUGACACCCAGCUAAAAAGGAACAUUUAGAGGCAGUAAAGAUUUAUCGCUUUCUGGUGGUAACUUACCUGAUUGAGUCAUCUAAGCCCCAAAAUUUCAGUCACAUUUGCUUAAUUUGGUGCAGACCUAUGCCUUCUCAGAUGAGCCUAGGCCCCAACCUUAAAAAAUUUCAUGUCUAAUUAAUAACUGUUAGUUCACUCAAUACAGCUUUAAAUUGUUUAAGGCAUUUCUAUGUGUUAAUAACGUCAAACAAGAAAUACAAACAAAUAAUUGCUGUCUUUACUUUAGAACUAACUUACACAUUUAAAUGAUAAAGCCAACUCUAAAAUCAAAACUUCAAGCAUUAUUCAAGUUUGCACAAAGAAAAAGAUGUAGAUUCCACUAGCAAUAGCUUCUGAGCUAAUGUGAAGAUUACCCAUACAUCUACCGAUAAGUGUGAAUAACCCAGAAAAUAUUUUAAAGCAUUUGAAAAGAGGGACACUUUGUGCUAUUAAGAGUGCUUCUUUUCUGCUAUUUUUACUUAAAGGUUUCACACCAUCCUGGACAUUGUGAAGUGACAUGUGAUUUCAAUAUCCACACAAAAACAGUUUGUGUUUUGAGAACUAACACUAAUAUUCAUAUUCAUUAUAUUGUAGUCAAAUUCUUGGGGGACAUUUUACUCUUAGAUCAAACUAUGACAAAAAUAGGCUGAAUUGAGAAAAAAGGUACUUCUGCUAUGAAAUUGUCUUUAAUAUCAUUUAUGUUUAACUGAGGUGUAUCCCCUUGAAUAGAUAACAUGAUUUUGCAAAAACAUCAAUUAAAAGAGUGAUAUUGAGUUUUAAUCCUUUGAAAAUGAAAUUUUGUUAUUUUGCCUUUUGUUAUUUUUUCUCUGGAACUUGUGAAACUUUCUGUAGCAGUGUUGUAUGGCUGGAACUGUAUAUUGUCAUAUUGAAUUUUAAAUGAUUAAUUAAUUUAAAUAGAUUGGAAUCUAUAAAUGUUAUCUAUAAAUGUACAUCAGUCUUUCAGACAAACAUAAUGACAUUUCCCAAACUGUGUUCAUUUAGUAAUGUGUUUAUUUAUGUAAGAAGCUCAGACACACAUCAAGACAAACAAAGAAUGGUCAAUUUCAAAUAUGAUUGUUGCACAACUAUUUUCAUCAAGGUGGACUGAACAAUUCAAGUUACAACAUAAAAAGCUAAAUGAUGGUCAUGGUGGUAGUUGGGUUGUUUGUGUGUGGGGGGCUGCUGUAACCUACAGUAUGUCCUGAAACAUUGAGUUGAUUGAUGGUAUUAAAGGGACCAAACCUGAUGUUUAUUUAAUCACAAAUUUCAUAAAAUAUAGAUAAUUCUUUUUGUCAUAUCCAGUCUAUUUGCACCAGAAGUAAAAUUGUGAUCACUGAACAAAAUACAAUUUCCAAUAAAUCAGGGCACUGUGGAUGCCCAAUUUUGUGUCAGAAUAUGUGACAACCUCUGCUCAAACACAUGAUGCCAUGGGUGUCUUCCUGGCAGAGAUCAAUGUUUUAAAAAGCUAUUUCCUAAAUAAAAAUUUCAUAUCUGCACCAACUUCUUUAAAAUUUUCUUAUUUAAUCUUGAUGGAAUACCUGCAAACAGGCUGGAUAUGCUGUAUAAUAAAUGUCCCUAUAAAAUUACUGAUAAAUUGACUAGAUAUAAGCUGCAUACAGUGAGAAAUCUUUAAACGCUAUAAGAUUUCUGCAAUUGUGUUCUUUGUUUCCUCCUAUUUCUGUCUUUGUUUUAAUUAAUUGAUACGUUAGAAAAGUAAUAAAAUGUUUCUUUAAUUACAGUUAUUCCUAAACUUUUUUGACAUUUUUCUUUAAGAAAAUAAAUUUUUAUUUCAUAUAAAUACUCUUUAAGCAAUGGAAGCAUUUGCCAUUUGUGAUGUACAUUGUUCUAUCUGCACUUCGCUUCAUUCCAGAAUGUAUGAUGUGGCUUCCAUACCUUGUACUGAAUUAUUGUGAGUGAAGUCUGCCAGACGUUUUCUUCUAUCAGCUGUUGUCUAAAAUGUUAUUCUUCAGCUAAGUGCUGCAUGUAGCUGGUAUUCAUUCCUCAAAGUGCUUUUGCUUCAUUUGUGAAAUUAUCACUGGAAACUAUGGUUCUUCUUCAAGCACCCAUUAUUUCCAAUAAUAUUUAAAUAAAACAAAUAAAAUGUGGAAACAACUGUCAACUAAUUUAUUUAGCUUUUUAAAAGCAUAAGAGUAAUGAGAAAAGCAUUGCAAUUUCAUGCAUUGACAUAUUACAAUGUUUGUUUUAGUUUGUGUAGUUUUGUAUAAUUUUUUGUUGUAUUAUUUUGUUUCUUUAUCAUAUUCUAAACAUAUACAACAAGAAGCAUUUAGCCACAGUGUGGAGUUUAGUAACUUGUCCAAGAUGUUAGACACUAAACCCAAGGAUAGUGUUAGGGUGCUAUUAAGGCAGGAAGGUGGUAUCUAAAGUGUUUCUGGGUGGACUGCUCUAUUCAGAUCCAAAGAUGCCUUAACAGAAGGUAAACACCUAAACACACUAUGAUAAAUCAAAGGUUUCUUUGUAAUGGCUGCAAAAAAUAAAGAAAACUGAUAAGAAAAA